AUGCCUUCUUCUUUGGGUCGUUCGACUGUAUAUUUAAUAGAAGGAUCAGGAACCACAACAACAACUACUGCAAGUACCAUUACAACCACUGCUACGCAGCCCAGCAGCAGUAAAGCUGUUUUCGCACAUUACAUGGUUGGUUCGAUGACUGCGGCGGAGGCUGUCACCGAUGUUAAUCUUGCUAUGAGCGCGGGUUUUGAUGGCUUUGCACUAAACACGCACACUAUGAGCUCGUCCGACACUUGGAAUACCAAUGCACUCAACUACUUAUUUGCUGCAGCAUCUGGAACCAGCUUCAAGCUCUUCAUCUCAUUUGAUAUGAGCUGGGGUCUAGACGUCACCCAGCUGGCAUCCUUCUUGGCCCCAUAUGCAACCCAAAGCGCAUACUAUAAGGUUGGCGGCAAGGCGUUCGUGAGCACGUAUGGCGGUGGCACCAUUUCAAAUGCCCAAUGGGACACCGGCUUUGUUAAACCUCUGACCUCAACUUACGGCAUCACACCCUAUUUCGUUCCCAACUUCGACGACUUUUCCGGAUAUCCAGAAGGAAUUUUUGGUGCUUACCCAAUCUUGAGCGGGGUCUUCAGUUGGGAGUCUGCAUGGCCCUCUCCUGGUACAACUCCGGCCAAUGUCAGCAAUAGUGUGGACUCGGCAGCUUUGCAACAAGCACAUGCCGCUGGCAAGGCCUACAUGAUGCCCAUGUCGCCCUAUCAGUUCAAAUACCUCGGUAGCGGAAAUGACUGGUACCGCGUCGGCGAAGUGAAUCUACCCCAGCGCAUGGCUCAAGCUCUGCAACUACAGCCUGACUUUGUGGAAAUUAUCACUUGGAACGACGCUGGCGAGAGUCACUAUAUUGGUGACUUUUGGCAAGAGCAGAUUGCUGGAAGCACCAUUGGGAACUACGCAAACGGUUUUGACCACAAGGGCUGGCUAGAGGUCAUCACUCCGUUCAUCAAGGCAUACAAGGCCGGUGCAACAAGCAUCUCUCAGAUAGCGCCCCCCAGUGGCAAGCCUGUCGGAGCGCUUUGGUAUCGCACGCUUCUGAAAAGUGCCAGCUGCUCUUCGUCGAUUGUGAACUAUCAGUCUGCACAGGAUGCUGUCAACUUCGCUGUUAUUCUGCCUUCGACUGGAUAUACAAUCAAGGUUUACAGCAACAGCAAGCUUCUAGGCAGCUUUGCUGGCGUUAAAGGCUUGAACUAUAAUAGUGUUUUGGGCCUCGCUGUUGGUGCUGGGCAGAUGAUUCAGAUUGUGGAUGCGUCGAAUCAAGUUGUUUCUUCGGCCACUGGCACUAAGAAUGUUUUGGCUGAGAGCCCCAACGAUACAUGCAACUGGAACUAUGAGGUUGUGGGCCUGUCUUAA